AUGAAGUCGACGUUUGGCCCGAGGGGGAGUGGAAGGAAGAAGCGAGUGCAAAUUUUAGCUGAUGAUGGAUACCAGCCACCCCGACGGUAUUGGAAUGAAUAUGACGAUGGGGAUUCAGAUUCUAAUUCCGAGGAAGGCUACAUACUCUAUGUCGACCCUAAUGAGCCUCUCUUUCCAGUGCUUGAGACGGCGUCGAAUGCCUUUGGAGCAGUGUACCACAGUUUCAGUGAAGGGAAAAGUAAACUGAUAGAUUGGUUGCUCAAGCCGAAACAGAAGAACUCUCAGGGUGCAGCAGAAAGAACCCCUUUGCUUUUCGGACAGCAAGCCAUUGAAUCUGAUCUGGAAUCAUCAGGUUCACUUGAUAACGACUUGACAAUUCGCCGACCUCGCACCUCCAGGAAUCGGCCGGCAACACCACCCGGGUCGAAAAGAUCGAACGUUUUAUUACGACUUCCGGAGCAGCAGCUCAACCCACAACAAGAGGCAUUCGAAAACAAGUUGUUCCAGUUCUACAAUGGUCUCAUUGGAUUCUCGUACAUCAUGUUGGUCAUGGCUGGCACCCUCCUUAGCAUUAAUCGUCAAAAAGGCCAGGUUGAAAUCGAUGCUCGAGUCGUCGCUGGAAUUGUCACCGCCGAGAUGUGUGCUGUCCUGGCCGUUAUAAUGAUUUUCAUGCGGAAGCAGAGACUGCAUAUUUUCCACUGGGGGUUGUUUAUCGUUGCUGUCGCGGGCGUGACUACCAUUGGCAUGGCCUUGCUGUGCUUGAUAUUGGUUGACGUGCGGAAAGAAGUGCUAAAAGAUGGAGCUGAAUAA